CUGUUCUAGGCAUAAUGCAAUAAUGGUUUUAACCUUGUGUGCAUUUCAAAUGAUACCGACAAGGAAACUUAUUUCCCACAAAACAAUGAGUUGCCUCUUCCUUUUUAUAAAACAGUAUCUGAGUUCAUAGAGAAUGAUUAAUAUACUGACUGUAUGAGCAAUGCAAAAAAUUCUACAUAGAAACGGACAGAAGCAAGUAUCGGCAGGACGCUCGGAAGAAAGAAAUACAGAAAGAUAAGGAAGGAUGCAUCACUUUCCCAAGAGCAGAAAGAUAGAGAUGUGUAAAACAUUCAUCAUAGAAGGAUAUCUUGUGUUUUCCUUGAUCACUUCCCACUUGGUUUUCUCAUUGAACCUGGAACUUACCCAUUUGGCUAGUCUGGCCUGGUGGGGAAUCCCUACCUCUGCUUCUCCAGUGGUAGGGACGGAGCCUUCCCCCAGCCCAGGCUCAUUAUGCGGGCGCUGGGAAUCCAAACUCAGGACUUCAUGUUUACACAGCAAGUGAGCAACAGCUGACAAACCAGAAGAAAUGCACUAAAACCUCUAGAACUCGAAAGGCUGGGCUAAACCAGAGGAGAGAGCUCCAGGGGAGACUGGAAGAGGCUGUACAGAGUAGAAGGGAAACAGAGGGAAGAGAGAGAGAGAGAGAGAGAGAGAGAGAGAGAGAGAGAGAGAGAGACAUAGGAGGGUCAGUGAAGUACAGAGAAGGAAGCAGACGAGAGAUAGUCAGGAGAAACAGUGGACUCUGGGACAAAGAUCAGCAAAGCCCCUGUGGCAGCAGGGACGGUCCUGCUGGAGUGUUGCUGUCCGUAGGAAAGCUGAGGCAGUAUGAGCAGUGAGAGCAGCACGGUGAGGACUUACUAAAUCCCCACGUGCGACCUAUGUGUCCCUGUCACUGUCUUCCUGGUAAGGGGUCGUGGCGGGUGGGCACACAGCUCAUUCUUGGAAGAGGAAGGUGUUUCAUAUGGGCCAUGUUGGCCUGGCUACAGGAAGGGCUCAUGGGUGUCCAGGUUACAAGGUGUAGGGUCCACUACUGUCCAGGGGACAGGAUAGACAGACAAAUUGUUGUGUUAAGAUACUGAGAUGUGGUCAUCUGACUCUCAUAGUAGGUAAUGCUGCUUGUUUCAAUGUGCUGUUGUAAUUAACCAUCUGACUCAGGGCCAUCAGUCACUGCACUUGUCCAUGAAAAUAACAAGGGUACAUGUCUCAUAUAGUUACUGGCAGAUUACAUAGCAAAGGGUCCCAUGUUAGAUACAAAGUGUUCAGUCUAUAAUAUCUACCUGAUAAGCAGCAGUGAGGCCAGGUGAAUUUGAAGAGACAAGGAUGGGGCUGAUCAAAGAAGAUACUGUGGGAUAUGGUGACAAAAGUUACGGGAUGUGGGCAUAUGAAAAAAACAGUAUUAAGGAUAUAGAAUUCCCUGUGAACCAGGAUUCUAGUGCUCUUGGAGUGAGAACCCUUGGACUAUUUGCUCCUGGGGUAGAGAGAAGACCAUGGGAGCUGGUGGAGGGCUUCUGGUGAAGGGGAGGGGACAUUUUAUGAACAAUUUGUUAAGAACCACAAAUGUAGUAUAUGACAAUACCUCGUGGUAAUGCUCCCGUCUCUCCCUUCACCUUUUUCUUUUUAAAGAUUGUUUUCCUUUAGCAAGUCCAAAAGAUGGUUUGAGACCCCUUUGGGUGCCACAGUUCUAUGCUUUCUUAAAAAUGAAGUCAAAUAGUUUAUUCUAGGGAAACCAGCUGUCUUAAGUUACUCCUAGUCAGUGGUGGCUACAGAAAAAGUGUUUAGGAGGGGUUAGGAAUUGUUAGGGUGUAUCCACCUGAAUUUGGACAGUACUUUCCAUUGGUCUGAGAAAAUAGUUUCUAGAGGAAGAGGGGGAAGUGGGAGGAGGGAGGACUCAGGUUCCAUCCAAGCUGUGGCUGAACUCUGGCGGUGAUGAUUACUGGCUUGAUUCAGUUCAUUCUUUCAACUAAUGUUUACAGAGUCCCCAUAUGUGCUUCAAAUACAGAGAUAAAACCGCUCUGUCCCCACAACGGCUCUGGGAGGCAUCGAGGAAUUGCUGGGCGAUUCCUAAGUCCUUUGAAUACUCAACAGCCACACCCAGGUUAAUCAAAUGUUUCGGUGCCUAAGUGGUGAUAGUUACAGGGACCCUUCAGUUUCAUUUCAUCCUCUUAUUCUAAAAAGCAAGGAAUUCAAGUACUACUGGCAUGCUUUAGAACAUGGGCCUUCCCUAUGAUCGUCAGCAAUAUUGGAGUCUACUAAGAUCCCUGCCCACCACCCUGAAUAGCUCGGUGUUCACUGCCACUUCAAACUCCUUUCUGGACAGUCUAGCUGUCACAGCUCUGCCAAGACAGAGAAUCUUUUCUGUCUGGCCUUCGAAACCCAGUCUGUAUCUCUCCCGUGUAACCAUCCCCAGUUACAAAAUGAUCAAACCUGGACCAGCUAUUUUUAUUUAGUCCUCUAAAAAUAGCUAUCACUCAGUACUGGCUGGAAACCAGACCCCACCCUAUCCCUCAACUACCUCCAGUGUGCACACCAGGAUGCUUUUGCCCUGACAUUGGCUUCCCAGUCUUUGACAUUUGGAGGCGCAGCUGGACUCACCCAGACUGUGUGGUGUUUUCAUCUUUUAGGAAGCUGUAAAGGUGCACUCACCGUGGGAAUCUCAACCUAGAACACACGUGCCCCAAGACUGCUAGGUUGCAGGGAAAACCCCUGAGGGUCCAAAAUGCGAAGAUGGCCAGUCAGCUCUGCUUCAGGCUCUGUGUUCAGCAGCAGUGGGCAUGACGAGAGGUGGAGAAGUAGCAGUUAGGACUUGGGUGUGAGCACCCUGUCCCCAACUAGCCUCUCCUGUGGUACCCUCAACAGUGUCUGAAUGGAGACCUAACCUCCUGUUUCCACCCGCCCUCGGUGUGACCACUUUUGAUCCCGCCUCAGACAAAGCCAAUGCAACUCCUGCAGGAUGAAUAAGGGGAUCAGGUUGCUCUCUCGCCUUCCCCCACCCCCUCACCGCGGCUCCCCUUCCCCACGUGACUCUCUGGAAUCUUUGCCAAAGCUCGUAGUCUCUGAGUCCAUUUUCACACCCAGCAAAGGAGAGAGGAAGGAGGCGAGAGAGGCUGAGGAAGGCGGAGCGUGCGUGCUUUAAAUGCGAGGAUCCACUCGGGGACUUAUCCUGUGCGUUUCCAGGCCCCUCAUCUGGGGAGCAUUGAGUUCGGAGGGGUCUUUUCCAGCCUCUCUCUUUCCUCCUUGCAUCUACAAUUAUGGCUCCACCUCCACUUGGGUAAUCGCACCUCCGCCCUGCAGCGCAGCUCGGGGUGCACGGUGCGGGGAGGUGGGCGUCGGUGUGGAGCAAGCCGCGCCCCUCUGCCCUCCUCCUCUCGGCGAGGGGCGGGCGCGAGAAAGUGGCAGCAGCGCCCCCCGCGCCGCCUUCCGCGCGGAGCUCUGGAAGCGCCUGCAGCAGCCGGGCGGCGUGGUGCGGUGCGGCUGCAGCGCCCCCGAGUCCCGGAGCUCCUGCAGGGCCGCACAAAGUUUGCAACCAGCGGCCCUGCACCGCCCAGCUCCCCGAGCGCUGCUGUAGCCCGGCCCGGCGUGUUCGCGGGGACCCGCCUCGGCCGAUGCUACACGGACAGACGGGGGCGUGCCGAGAGAACUUUGAAAAGCUGCCGAGGAGGAACCUGCUCCUGCAGCUCGCCAGUUGGGGACCUCCGGAGGAACUGGUCUAGCCCGAGGCAAUGCUGCGGAAUCCCAGCAGCCGCUGACCUGCAACUUUCCUGCUAGUCUUGGCGGCGAUCUGAGCUUUGCCUCCUCCUCGCAGCCUCGGCUCACGUUGGUGGCCGCUCUGCUGGAGAACCCAGUGAGCCUCGGGGCUGACUGAGUGUUACUGUCGGCCGCAUCCUUCUGCGGUCCACCCGGCCAACCUCGGCUCCCGGCCCAGCAGCCAGCGCUUCCCCAGUGUCUGUGCGUCCCGGUUCCCGGCGCCGGCGCCACAGCCUGAGGUUUGGCAGAGAGCAGGUUCUUGGAUGCUGAAGGCUGGGAUCUUCCUGCGAGAGUGCCGCGGCGGCGAUGGGUGUCCUCAAAGCGUGGCUCGGGGUGGCCCUAGCGCUGGCGGAAUUUGCAGUAUUGCCUAAUUGUGAAGGUGCUUGUCUGUAUCAGGGCUCCUUCCUUGCGGAUGCUACAAUUUGGAAGCCUGAUUCAUGCCAGAACUGUCGUUGCCAUGGUGAUAUUGUGAUCUGCAAACCUGUUGUUUGCAAAAACCCUCGGUGUGCCUUUGAGAAGGGAGAAGUGCUGUGGAUUGCCCCCAACCAGUGCUGCCCACAGUGUGCACCCAGGACUCCUGGCUCUUGUCACCAUGAGGGAAAGAUCCAUGAGCAUGGCACAGAGUGGGCUUCAGCUCCAUGUACUGUGUGCUCUUGUACACAUGGAGAGGUGAGAUGCUCACACCAACAAUGCACCCCAUUAUCAUGUGGACCACAGGAGCUGGAAUUCCUUGCUGAAGGACGCUGCUGCCCUAUCUGUGUGGGCACUGGGAAACCCUGUUCCUACGAUGGCCAUGUGUUUCAAGAUGGAGAGGAUUGGCAACUGAGCCGCUGUGCCAAGUGUGUAUGCAGAAACGGGCUCACUCAAUGCUUUGCCGCUCAGUGCCAGCCUCUGUUUUGUAACCAGGAUGAAAUUGUUGUCCGAGUCCCUGGAAAAUGCUGCUCUCAGUGCUCAGCGAGAUCCUGCUCUACAGCUGGCCAAGUGUACGAGCAUGGUGAACAGUGGAAAGAAGAUGCCUGUACCCUGUGUAUGUGUGACCAGGGACAGGUCAGGUGUCACAAGCAGGUGUGCCCUCCACUGAGAUGUGCAAAGGGUCAAGGCCGAGCCCGGCAUCAUGGGCAGUGCUGUGAGGAAUGUGCGACUCCUGACAGGAGCUGCUCAUCUGGUGGGGUCCUGCGGUACCAGGAUGAAAUGUGGAAGGGCUCGGCCUGUGAGUUCUGCAUGUGCGACCAAGGCCAAGUGACCUGCCAGACAGGAGAGUGUGCCAAGGUGGCCUGUGCCCUGGGUGAAGAAUUAGUUCACUUAGAAGGAAAAUGCUGCCCAGAAUGCAUUUCAAGGAAUGGUUAUUGUAUUUAUGAACAGAAGGCAGAGACUAUGUCUUCAAGUGCAAGAGAAAUUAAGCAUGUUCCAGAUGGGGAGAAGUGGGAAGAAGGCCCUUGCAAGCUGUGUGAGUGCCGGGAGGCUCAAGUUACUUGCUAUGAACCGUCUUGCCCGCCAUGUCCAGUGGCCACCCUAGCCCUAGUGGUAAAGGGACAAUGCUGUCCAGACUGCACACCAGUACACUGCCACCCAGACUGCCUGACCUGCUCUCAUUCUCCAGACCACUGUGACCUCUGCCAGGAUCCCACAAAGCUGCUGCAGAAUGGGCGAUGUGUGCACAGCUGUGGCCUGGGCUUUUACCAAGCAGGCAGUCUUUGUUUAGCCUGUCAGCCCCAGUGCUCCACAUGCACCAAUGGCCUGGAGUGUUCAUCUUGCCUGCCUCCCCUGCUGAUGCAGCAGGGACAGUGUGUGUCCACCUGUGGGGAUGGUUUCUACCAAGAUCACCAUUCAUGUGCAGCGUGUGACCAGUCCUGUAAGAGCUGUGGCCCUAGUAGUCCCAGAUGUCUUAGCUGUGCUGAGAAGACAAUCUUGCAUGAUGGGAAGUGCAUUUCUGAAUGCCCUCAUGGCUACUAUGCUGAUUCUACUGGAAGCUGCAAAGUUUGCCACUCAUCCUGUGCCAGCUGCUCUGGACCUACAGCUGCUCACUGUAUAGCCUGUAUCCAUCCCCAGACACUUCGUCAAGGCCACUGUCUGCCAAGCUGUGGAGAAGGCUUCUACCCUGACCAUGGGAUCUGUGAAGCCUGCCAUGCCUCCUGCCACACAUGUGUGGGGCCCCAGCCUUCUCACUGUACCCAGUGUAAGAAGCCAGAGGCAGGACUACUGGUGGAACAGCACUCAGGGGAAAAUGUCCCCUAUGGCAAGUGUGUGUCCCGGUGUGGAACCCACUUUUACUUGGAGAGCACUGGACUGUGUGAAGUUUGCCACCCAUCCUGCCUCACGUGUGAAGGAAAGAGCCCUCACAACUGCACGGGCUGUGAAUCCACCCACGCACUACUGGCUGGGUGCUGCGUCUCCCAGUGUCCCGAGACCCACUUUAACCUGGAAGGUACUUGUACAGAAUGUCACCCGUCCUGCAGGCAGUGCCAUGGUCCUCUGGAAUCAGACUGUGUCUCCUGCCACCCUCACCUUACUCUCACCAGUGGGCACUGUAAGACCAGCUGCAAGGAAGAGCAAUUCCUGAACCUCGUCGGGUACUGUGCUGACUGCCAUCCUUUGUGCCAGCACUGUGUGGCCAAUCUCCAAGACACUGGUAGUAUCUGCCUAAAGUGUCAGCAUGCCCGCCACCUGCUGCUUGGAGAUCACUGUGUGCCAGAAUGCCCUCCUGGACACUAUAAAGAGAGAGGCACUUGUAAAACAUGCCAUUCCUCCUGCAGAAGCUGCCAGAAUGGAGGACCUUUCUCCUGCUCCUCUUGUGACACUGGUCUGGUUCUGACCCACAUUGGUACCUGUAGCACCGCCUGCUUCCCUGGGCAUUACCUGGAUGAUAACCAAGUUUGCCAGCCAUGCAACAGGCAUUGCAGAAGCUGUGAUUCACAGGGCAGCUGCACCUCCUGCCGAGAUCCAAGCAAGGUCCUGCUCUUUGGGGAAUGCCAGUAUGAGAGCUGCACCCCCCAGUACUACCUUGACAUCGCCACGAAGACUUGCAAAGAGUGUGACUGGAGUUGCAACGCCUGUACUGGGCCUCUUCGAACAGACUGUCUGCAGUGCAUGGACGGCUAUGUUCUCCAGGAUGGUGUGUGUGUGGAGCAGUGCUCACCACAACACUACCGGGACUCCGGCUCCUGCAAGCGCUGUGACAGCCACUGUGUUGAGUGCCAGGGUCCCCAUGAGUGCACACGCUGUGAAGAGCCCUUUCUCCUCUUCCAAGCCCAGUGUGUCCAAGAAUGUGGGAAAGGAUACUUUGCAGAUCAUGCCAAGCACAGAUGCAUAGCCUGCCCUCAGGGAUGCUUGCGGUGCAGCCACAAAGAUCGGUGUCACUUAUGCGACCACAGUUUCUUUCUGAAGAGUGGUCUCUGCAUGCCCACCUGUGUCCCUGGUUUCUCUGGCCACUCAUCUAAUGAAAACUGUACUGACAAAAUGUACACUCCAAGUCUUCAUGUGAACGGCUCCUUGACCCUUGGAAUUGGUUCAAUGAAGCCACUGGACUUUUCUCUCCUGAACAUCCAACACCAGGAUGGCAGAGUGGAAGAUCUGCUGUUCCACGUUGUAAGCACACCCACCAACGGUCAGCUGCUGCUCUCAAGAAAUGGCAAGGAGGUCCAGCUGGAGAAGGCUGGCCAUUUUAGCUGGAAAGAUGUGAAUGAGAAGAAAGUGCGCUUUGUACACAGCAAAGAGAAGCUCAGGAAAGGCUACUUUUCCUUGAAAAUUAGUGACCAGCAAUUCUUCUCUGAGCCACAGCUGAUCAACAUACAGGCCUUUUCAACGCAGGCUCCGUAUGUGCUGAGAAAUGAAGUUCUCCACGUCAGCAAAGGAGAGCGGGCAACCAUCACCACCCAGCUGCUUGACAUCCGGGAUGAUGACAACCCGCAGGAUGUGGUCGUGAAUGUGCUUGAUCCUCCUCUUCAUGGCCAAUUGCUCCAAAUGCCUCCAGCCCCUGCAGCCUCUAUUUAUCAGUUCCAUCUGGAUGAGCUCUCCAGGGGCCUCCUCCUCUAUGCUCACGAUGGCUCAGACAGCACAUCUGAUAUUAUAGUCUUUCAGGCCAAUGAUGGACACUCCUUCCAAAAUAUACUGUUUCACGUGAAGAACAUACCCAAGAAUGACAGAGCUCUGCGACUUGUGACCAACUCUAUGGUGUGGGUUCCGGAAGGGGGAAUGCUGAAGAUCACCAACCGAAUCUUGAAGGCCCAAGCUCCAGGUGUCAGAGCCGACGACAUCAUCUACAAGAUUACACACAGCCGCCCCCAGUUUGGGGAGGUGGUCCUCCUGAUGAAUCUGCCUGCAGACAGUCCAGCCGGUCCUGCGGAGGAAGGGCAUCACCUGCCUGAUGGAAGGAUGGCAACCCCCAUCAGUACCUUUACCCAGCAGGACAUCGAUGAUGGCGUUGUGUGGUACAGACACUUGGGAGCCCCCACGCAGAGUGACUCCUUCCGCUUUCAGGUGUCUAGUGCCACCAGUGCCCAGGAACACCUGGAAAGUCACAUGUUCAACAUUGCAAUCUUACCUCAGGCGCCUGAGGCACCUAAACUCUCCUUGGGGACAUCUCUCCAUAUGACCGCUCGUGAAGAUGGCCUAAGUGUUAUUCAGCCCCAGUCCUUAUCCUUCGUGAAGGCAGAGAGUCCCAGUGGAAAGAUUAUAUACAACAUCACCGUACCUCUGCAUCCAAAUCAAGGUAUCAUUGAACACAGAGACCGGCCUCACUCUCCCAUCCAGUAUUUCACUCAGGAAGAUAUAAACCAAGGACAGAUCAUGUAUCGCCCUCCUGUGGCACCUCCCCACCUCCAGGAGAUCAUGGCCUUCUCAUUUGCUGGUCUCCCAGAAUCAGUGAAAUUUUACUUCACAGUUUCUGAUGGGCAGCACACGAGUCCAGAGAUGGCCCUCACCAUUCACUUGCUGCACUCUGAUCUGCAACCACCAGCAUUUCAGGUCAAGGCUCCCCUGCUGGAAGUUAGCCCUGGAGGCCGGACCUCUUUAGGCCUGCAGUUGUUAGUGAGAGAUGCUCAGGUGGUGCCAGAAGAGCUCUUCUUCCAGCUUCAGAAGUCUCCUCAGCAUGGCAUGCUCGUGAAGUACACGGCAAAGUCCUCGGUGACCAUGGCUGCAGGUGACACUUUUACAUAUGAUGAAGUCGAGAGAAACGUUCUGCAGUACGUACAUGAUGGGUCCUCUGCGUGGGAGGACAGCCUGGAGAUCUCAGUCACAGAUGGCCUGACAGUGACAACAUCAGAAGUAAAAGUGGAGGUGUCCCCAUCAGAGAACCGAGGGCCCAGGCUGGCCCCCGGCUCCUCCCUGAGCAUGACGGUUGCUAGUCAACACACGGCCAUAAUCACCAGGUCACACCUUGCCUAUGUGGAUGAUUCUUCCUCUGACCCAGAGAUCUGGAUUCGGUUAAGUUCUCUGCCACUGUAUGGCGUACUCUUCAGAAGCUCAGGGCCUGACAUGGACGAGCUCUCGGGGGAUUCCAACUUCACCAUGGAGGACAUCAACAAGAAGAACAUUAGGUACUCAGCUGUGUUUGAGACGGACGGGCAUUCGGUUACAGAUGGCUUCCACUUCUCUGUCUCAGACAUGGACGGCAACCAUGUGGACAACCAGGUCUUUACCAUCACGGUCACUCCUGCCGAGAACCCUCCACACAUCAUUGCCUUUGCUGACCUUAUCACGGUUGAUGAGGGAGGGAGAGCACCACUCUCUCUCCACCACUUCUUUGCGACUGAAGAUCAGGACAACCUUCAGGACGACGCUGUCAUUAAACUAAGCGCUCUGCCCAAGUAUGGCUGCAUCGAGAACACAGGAACAGGAGAUCGCUUUGGCCCAGGAGCCAACAGUGAACUGGAGGCGUCAUUCCCUAUUCAAGAUGUCCUAGAAAACUACAUUUAUUACUUUCAGAGCGUUCAUGAAAGCAUCGAGCCGACCCACGAUGUGUUUAGUUUUUAUGUGAGUGACGGAAGUGGUCGCUCUGAAAUCCACAGCAUCAAUAUCACCAUUGAGAGGAAGAACGAUGAGCCUCCCAGGAUGACCUUGCGGCCCCUGGGCGUACGGCUGAGCUCGGGAGUGGCGAUAAGCAAUUCUUCCUUGAGUCUACAAGAUCUGGACACCCCAGAUAACGAGCUGAUCUUUGUAUUGAUGAAAAAGCCUGACCAUGGUCAUCUACUCCGGAGGUCUACUGCCUCUGACCCUCUAGAAAAUGGGACAGUCUUAGACCAAGGCUCCUCCUUCACCUAUCAGGAUGUCCUAGCUGGGCUGGUUGGCUACUUACCUGGUGAUAUCUAUAUGGCAGUCGAUGAGUUCCGGUUCUCUCUCACGGAUGGCCUCCAUGUAGACACAGGAAGAAUGGAGAUCUAUAUAGAACUGCCAUCAACCAACAUUCCCCACUUGGCAAUAAACCGAGGACUUCAGCUUUCAGCAGGGUCCGUAGCACGCAUCACAGAGCAGCACUUGAAAGCAACAGACACUGACUCUGAGGCCGGCCAGGUUGUAUACAUCAUGAAGGAAGACCCUGGUGCAGGGCGUCUGCUGAUGGCUAAGGCUGACAACCUAGAGCAAAUCUCUGUUAGAGGCCCCAUCCGGAGCUUCACCCAGGCAGACGUUAGCCAAGGGCAGAUAGAAUACAGCCAUGGACCAGGAGAACCUGGUGGGAGCUUUGCUUUUAAAUUUGAUGUGGUUGAUGGGGAAGGCAAUAAGUUGGCUGACCAGUCAUUUUCCAUCGGUGUUUUAGAAGACAAAUCCCCACCAGUCGUCAUCACCAAUAGAGGGCUGGUCUUAGAUGAGAACUCGGUGGAGAAAAUCACUACUGCACAGCUGUCGGCCACCGACCAGGACAGCAAACCUACAGAACUCAUCUACAGGAUCACCACUCAGCCCCAGCUGGGCCACCUGGAACAUGUGGCCUCCCCAGGCAUCCAGAUUAGUUCCUUCACUCAAGCUGACCUGGCUUCACGCAAUGUUCAAUAUGUCCGUUCUAGUGGGACCGGGAAACAAUCAGACGCCUUCAGCUUCGUGCUGUCUGAUGGCUUGCAUGAGGUGACACAGACCUUCCCCAUCACUAUUCACCCUGUGGAUGAUGCGCGGCCCCUUGUGCAGAACCGGGGCAUGCGUGUGCAAGAGGGUGUGAGGAAGACCAUCACCGAGUUUGAGCUGAAGGCAGUGGAUGUGGACACAGAGGCUGAGUCCAUCACCUUCACCAUUGUGCAGCCUCCACGUCAUGGCACCAUCGAGAGAACUGCCAGGGGGCAGCGUUUUCACCAAACCUCCUCCUUCACUAUGGAAGACAUCUACCAGAACCGUGUCAGCUAUAGCCAUGACGGCAGCAACUCCCUCAAAGACCGAUUUACCUUCACCGUUUCUGAUGGGACCAACCCCUUCUUUAUCAUUGAGGAGGGAGGAGAAGAGAUCAUGACAGCAGCCCCUCAGCAGUUCCAUGUGGACAUUCUCCCGGUGGAUGACGGCACCCCCAGAAUUGUCACCAAUUUGGGGCUCCAAUGGCUGGAGUAUAUGGAUGGCAAGGCAACCAACCUGAUCACCAAGAAGGAACUGCUGACCGUGGAUCCAGACACAGAGGACUCACAGCUUAUCUAUGAGGUCACCACAGGCCCCAUGCAUGGCUACCUGGAGAACAAGCUGCAGCCGGGCAGAGCGGCAGCCACCUUCACCCAGGAGCAUGUGAACUUGGGGUUGAUUCGUUAUGUGUUGUAUGAGGAGAAGAUCCAGAAAGUGAUGGAUAGUUUUCAGUUCCUGGUGAAGGACAGUAAACCCAAUGUGGUCAGCGACAAUGUCUUCCAUAUCCAGUGGUCUCUCAUCAGCUUUAAAUAUACCAGCUAUAACGUCAGCGAGAAGGCGGGGUCUGUCAGUGUCACGGUGCAGAGGACUGGGAACCUGAACCAGUAUGCCAUCGUCCUGUGUCGCACUGAACAAGGCACAGCGAGCUCCAGCUCUCAUCCUGGACAGCAGGACUACAUGGAGUAUGCUGGCCAGGUUCAGUUUGAUGAAGGAGAAGGCACAAAGUCCUGCACUGUCAUCAUCAACGAUGACGAUGUAUUUGAGAAUAUCGAAAGUUUCACCGUGGGGCUCAGCAUGCCAGCCUAUGCCCUGCUGGGAGAGUUCACCCAGGCGAAGGUCGUUAUCAAUGACACUGAGGAUGAACCUACGUUGGAGUUUGAUAAGAAGACCUACCGGGUCAACGAGAGCGCUGGGUUUCUCUUUGCACCCAUCAAAAGACAAGGAGACUCAAGCAGCACUGUGUCUGCCGUUUGCUACACAGUCCCUAAGUCAGCCAUGGGAAGUAGCCUCUAUGCCCUGGAAUCCGGAUCCGACUUUAAGUCCAGAGGGAGGUCUGCUGAGAGUCGUGUGAUAUUCGGACCCGGUGUCACCGUGUCCACCUGUGAUGUCAUGGUCAUUGAUGACAGCGAAUAUGAGGAGGAAGAGGAGUUUGAGAUAGCCCUGGCUGAUGCUUCUAACAAUGCCAGAAUUGGAAGGCAGGCGGUGGCCAAGGUCCUCAUUAGUGGUCCCAAUGAUGCCUCAACUGUCUCCCUGGGCAACACGGCUUUCACCAUCAGUGAGGAUGCAGGCACAGUGAAGAUUCCAGUUAUCCGUCAUGGCACUGACCUUUCUACCUUCACAUCUGUCUGGUGUGCCACACGGCCCUCGGACCCAGCUUCUGCCACUCCAGGAGUUGACUAUGUCCCCAGCUCAAGGAAGGUGGAAUUUGGGCCCGGUAUCACUGAACAAUACUGCACUUUGACUAUCUUGGAUGACACACAGUACCCAGUAAUUGAAGGACUGGAGACGUUUGUGGUUUUCCUCAGCUCAGCACAAGGAGCCGAACUGACCAAGCCCUCUCAGGCUGUCAUUGCAAUUAAUGACACAUUCCAGGAUGUUCCCAGCAUGCAGUUUUCCAAGGAUUUGCUUCUAGUGAAGGAAAAGGAGGGUGUCCUGCACAUCCCCAUCAUCCGGAGCGGGGACCUGAGUUACGAGUCAUCAGUGCGGUGUUACACGCAGGGCCACUCUGCUCAGGUCAUGGAGGACUUUGAAGAGAGAAGAAAUGCAGACUCCUCCAGGAUUACGUUUCUGAAAGGGCAGAAGACGAAGAACUGCACUGUGUACAUCCAUGAUGACUCCAUGUUUGAGCCUGAGGAGCAGUUCAGGGUCUACCUUGGCCAUCCUCUUGGAAAUCACUGGAGUGGAGCCAGAAUUGGGAAGAACAGUGUGGCCACUGUCACCAUAUCCAACGACGAAGAUGCCCCCACCAUUGAGUUUGAAGAAGCCGCAUACCAAGUCCGGGAACCUGCAGGGCCAGAAGCCAUUGCAGUUCUGAGCAUCAAGGUCAUCCGCAGAGGUGAUCAAAACAGGACCUCCAAGAUCCGCUGCAGCACUCGAGACGGCUCUGCCCAGUCUGGUGUGGAUUAUUACCCGAAGAGCAGAGUCCUGAAAUUCAGUCCUGGCGUUGAUCAUAUCUUCUUCAAAGUCGAGAUCCUGUCCAAUGAGGACCGAGAAUGGCAUGAGUCCUUUUCUCUAGUCCUUGGCCCGGAUGAUCUGGUGGAAGCCGUACUUGGAGACGUGACGACUGCUACAGUGACCAUUCUAGACCAGGAGGCAGCAGGGAGUCUCAUACUGCCAGCGCCACCCAUUGUAGUCACUCUUGCUGACUAUGACCACGUGGAAGAGCUGGCAAAGGAAGGUGUCAAGAAAGCCCCGUCUCCAGGCUACCCACUAGUCUGUGUCACACCCUGUGACCCACGCUACCCCAGGUAUGCUGUCAUGAAGGAACGGUGCAGCGAGGCUGGUAUCAACCAAACAUCUGUGCAGUUCAGCUGGGAAGUGGCUGCGCCCACCGAUGGCAAUGGGGCUCGGUCUCCCUUUGAGACCAUCACGGAUAACACACCAUUCACCAGCGUCAACCACAAGGUCCUAGACAGCAUUUAUUUCAGCCGGAGGUUCCAUGUGCGUUGUGUGGCCAAGGCUGUGGACAAGGUGGGCCAUGUAGGGACCCCCUUGAGGAGCAAUGUUGUUACCAUUGGAACAGACAGUGCUAUCUGUCACACCCCAGUCGUGGCUGGGACAGCUCGAGGCUUCCAGGCACAGUCCUUCAUUGCGACCUUGAAGUACCUGGACGUCAAACACAAAGAACAUCCAAACAGAAUCCACAUCUCUGUGCAGAUCCCUCACCAGGAUGGAAUGCUGCCCCUUAUCUCAACCAUGCCCCUGCACAACCUGCACUUCCUGUUGUCGGAGUCCAUCUACAGACACCAGCAUGUCUGCUCCAACCUCGUCACGGCGCAGGACCUGCGAGGCCUUGCAGAGGCAGGGUUCCUGAAUGACGCCGGUUUCCACAGUACUGCCCUGGGCCCUGGCUAUGACCGCCCCUUCCAGUUUGACUCAAGUGUACGGGAGCCCAAAACCAUCCAGCUCUACAGACACCUGAACCUAAAGAGCUGCGUGUGGACCUUUGAUGCGUACUACGAUAUGACAGAGCUUAUCGAUGUGUGUGGGGGCUCCGUGACUGCUGACUUCCAGGUGAGAGAUUCUGCCCAGUCGUUCCUGACGGUUCAUGUGCCACUCUACGUGUCCUACAUCUAUGUGACAGCACCCAGGGGCUGGGCCUCCUUAGAGCACCACACUGAGAUGGAAUUCUCUUUCUUCUAUGACACAGUUCUCUGGAGAACAGGGAUCCAGACAGACAGCGUGCUCUCUGCAAGGCUUCAGAUAAUAAGGAUCUACAUUAGAGAGGAUGGCCGUCUCGUCAUUGAGUUCAAGACCCAUGCCAAAUUCAGAGGGCAGUUUGUGAUAGAGCACCACACCCUCCCGGAUGUGAAGUCUUUCAUAUUGACUCCAGACCACCUAGGAGGAAUUCAGUUUGACCUGCAGCUCUUGUGGAGUGCUCAGACAUUUGAUUCUCCUCAUCAACUCUGGCGAGCCACGAGCUCUUACAAUCGAAAGGACUACUCGGGGGAGUACACCAUCUACCUGAUCCCGUGCACCGUGCAGCCCACACAGCCCUGGGUGGACCCAGGAGAGAAGGCCUUGGCCUGCACGGCACAUGCCCCAGAAAGGUUCCUGAUACCCAUCGCGUUCCAGCAGACCAACCGCCCUGUGCCGGUUGUGUAUUCGCUCAAUACUGAGUUUCAGCUCUGCAAUAACGAGAAGGUAUUCUUGAUGGAUCCCAACACGUCUGAUAUGUCACUGGCAGAGAUGGAUUACAAAGGAGCCUUUUCCAAAGGUCAGAUCCUUUACGGCCGAGUCCUUUGGAAUCCAGAACAAAACCUUCAUUCUGCUUACAAACUGCAGCUGGAGAAAGUCUAUCUUUGUACCGGCAAGGAUGGCUACGUGCCGUUCUUUGACCCUACGGGGACGAUCUACAACGAAGGGCCACAGUACGGAUGCAUUCAGCCAAAUAAACACCUGAAGCACAGAUUCCUGCUGCUGGACCGCAGCCAGCCAGAGGUCACUGACAAGUACUUCCACGAUGUGCCUUUCGAGGCUCACUUUGCUUCCGAGUUGCCCGAUUUCCAGGUGGUCAGCAGCAUGCCGGGUGUGGAUGGAUUCACCCUCAAAGUAGAUGCCCUCUAUAAGGUGGAAGCAGGACACCAGUGGUAUCUCCAGGUGAUCUACAUCAUUGGCCCUGACAGCACCUCAAGGCCUCGGGUCCAGCGCUCUCUCACGGUCUCUCUGAGGCGUCACCAAAGGGACCUGGUGGACCCCAGUGGCUGGCUGUCUCUUGAUGACUCCCUCAUCUAUGACAAUGAAGGAGACCAAGUCAAGAAUGGCACCAACAUGAAGUCCCUGAACCUGGAGAUGCAGGAGCCCGUUAUAGCUGCUUCCCUGUCGCAAACCGGAGCCUCUAUCGGCAGCGCGUUGGCAGCUAUCAUGCUUCUCCUAUUGCUGUUUCUGGUGGCCUGUUUUGUCACCAGGAAAUGCCAGAAGCAAAAGAAGAAACAGCCUCCGGAGGACACUCUGGAGGAAUACCCUCUGAAUACCAAGGUGGAUGUAGCCAAGAGAAAUGCAGACAAGGUGGAGAAGAAUGCCAACAGACAGUACUGUACCGUGCGCAAUGUCAACAUACUGAGUGACAAUGAAGGGUAUUAUACGUUCAAAGGUGCUAAAGUCAAAAAACUGAAUCUGGAGGUCAGAGUCCACAACAAUUUACAAGAUGGGACGGAAGUUUAAUGAGAAACCCUGAGAUGUAUUUUCUUUUUUUUCUAAAAUCCUUUUUAUAAAACGGGGAGAAAUACUGGUAUUUUUAUAAUCUUUCAAAUUAAACAAAAAAAAGGGAAAACUAGCUUUGAGUGGCGGACAGCACACAUCGCAUGCAUCAACUCACAACUGAGCUACCUCAUGAAACAGAACCACUGAGACACCCCCCUUGCCCUAGAGUGUCAGAGUAAGGUUAUGCCUACAGGUCCCUGUAACAGUCUCAGUGGCCACACAGAGCGACUCUGUAAGGCUGGCCCCAGAAGUGUUUUAGGAUUAGGACAGACACUGGACAAUUAGCUUCACUGAUUGGAUCGAGAAAGCUGGGCUCUGUGGGCAGCAGAUAUCUGCAAGUACAAACAAAGCCUUUGGUUUCUUCCUCUGCCCCAGCUCUCUUCUGUGUGGGCCUUUCUGGACUUCUGGACACAGAAUACAGAAUGCUGACACACAGAUUCCAUUGACAAUUCUAAUCAGCACAACUUAGACAUCUGUGCACUGUCCCCACUUACUAUCCUGUGCGGCCAGGCCUCUAAGUAUACUUGGCUUUUCUAGAGCCCUUUUUGAAUGGGGAUCUCAAUAUGCUUUAGACUGAGGAGGACUCCAGCCAGGGCCAUGAAGAGCACUGCGAAGUACCACAGCCUCUGCAUGCCAGAGAUACUUUUAAAACUCAGCCCCGCUUCCCCAGGCGUUCUGUGGUUCAUCAGUGCAUAGGGAGCUCAUGUGUUUGGGUUUUUUUGUUUUUGUUUUUAAUUUUGUUAGUGAUUUUUAGAAAGUAAGCGAAUCAUUUGAGUGAGUGAAUUUCCUAGAGGUUGGAAUGAAACCAGAGUUAACAGAUACACAUGGGGCCUGUUUGCUGUGUGUCAUACAGCAGAUAGAGCCACUGUCCCUGGUGCCAUAGUCCGGGGAAUUCUCUCUGGGGGUUCUUUUCUGGUAGCUCAGGCUCUUAGUUUCUCCCACAUCAGCACAUGACAACCCACAUAUAUGUAUGUGGCUUUUACAUAGCAUAGUGUUCAAAUAUCGACUUGAAUAUUCUGUGUGUAGUAUGCACACAACUUGCCUUUGUUUUCUUUUCUGUUUCUACCUUAUGGGUACAGCCUGAACCGUGCACAUUGUGUUUUUAAUCAGAGGCACAAUUCCAUUAGCCAGAAGCGAAUGCUGUUCUCGUGCAUGGCACAUCCGAUCAGUGAGUAAAUCACAGAGUGUCCGCGUUGUGUCGUAUCCGUAUGGAAAUGACACAAACUCUUUGAGAACAUUCCAGACUCCUACUAAAAUCUAGAAGGAAUGAACCAUGAAAGUUUUACAGGCAACUCUGCAGACCCCCGAGCUCAAGAGCAGAGCCUGUGUGAGCCACGGCUGGCUCUUCAUCCUUCAGCAGUGCCUUGCACACUACAAGCGUGCAGAAAUGUUUGUUGAGUGAAUGAAUGGACGGCGUGCCGAGUGAAUGAUAGGCAGUAAACAGAGGAAGAGGAGGUGAGACGUUAUGCUGGCAGUAUUACAGGGUGUGUAGGGAUGAUCUCUGUUGUAUUUGGUUUGUGAAAUAGUCCUUCAACUGAGAGGGGAAAAAAAAGCACACUUUUAGGUGGGUGUGGCCGGUGGUGUAUCUGGGGAGUCGGGAACAGAAAUACUGCGGUAAUGCAUGAGCCGCAUGUUGGCUUCCAGAGCAGGAGAUCUGGAGGAAAGCCGAUUUCACAUUUCGAAGGUAAUAAUAGUGUGUUCGUUCAGGGCAGGAAAGGUUGGCUGAGCCCAGAAAUUCCUGGCUGGUCAGGUGCUCCUUCAGACCAGCUUGCAUAAUUCAUAAUUUCAUAAUUCAGGGCAGAAAUUCUGAAAUUGCUUCAAGAAUCUGGAAUCGCUACCCAUCUCUUGCAGCAAAACUGAUGAGCCACACCCUGGAUCUCCAGGACAACAGACAGGGCUAGAGCGCAGACAGGGAGCCAAUCAUCUGUAGAGCAGCUUCCCAUUGGCCCAUUACUGGUCACACCUCCCGCUGUCCAGAUGUUUGCACAUUAGAGCUUUCAGUGGGCUCCACACCCACACACAUACCUUCCUUUACACCUAGUGGGACACAUACAUGUGAAGAGAUGGCAGAGCCUGGCGCGGGAAGAGAGGCUGAAUCUGAAGGCCUUUGUGUACAGGUGGGCAGUGAAAGACAGGAGCCUGUGUGGACCUGGUCGUUGUGAACUCUGGAUGAGAGAACAGCCCCUGAAAUAGCCCUGCCUCCCAGCCUCGCCCCUAAGACGCUUUAUUAGAAGCCAGCCUUCUCUGGUGGAUGCCUACUUCUGACGCAGGAAGCGUUAAGAGGUAUAGAGCCGAGGUUUGCCUUUUGAGGAGUGUUGAGUCAUUCAUUUCAUUUACGUUUUGUACUUCAUCUUUGGGACUGGAUAAUUUGGUGACUAAUGUGGAUUCUAUUUCAGUGAAAGCUUUGCUUUCAGCGUUUCUUACUUCUUCACUAAUGCCUUGUGUGUGUUUUUACUAACCUUUUAGAUUGUACCUUCAGGUGAGAAGAACAGAAAAAAAUAAAAAUAAAAACCCUCAGCAGGGUUGCUCUUGCUGCCAGGUGCUGGCUGUGGAGGUCAAAAGAAGUAAUUGUCUGCACCAUUUUUCUGCCUUGUCAGCCCCUUUACUGUACCAAGGUCUUUGGGAAACCCCUGCAGGUUCCUAUUGCAGGGUGGGAAAUUGUGAAGAAAAGUGUUUGCACAAUCUUAACAAUAAGUGUUCCUGGUCUCUUGUAGGUUUUUGUUAUUCCUAGUUCUCCCCUGCUCAGACUGAGAAAAACAUUUGUGGUGCUGUCAACCUGUGUUCUUGACCCUCAAAUGAUUUUGAUUUUUUUUUUUUGUAUUUCCAAUAUGAAUUUGUGUGUUACGAAUUUCUGAUUUCUUCAAUAGCAUAUGCUACUAUAUAAAUUUGUAUCAAUAAUAAAUGAUGGCCCAGUUGUCCUUUG